AUUGAAAAUGAUUUGUAUAUUGUUAGCUCCUCUCUAUUAUAUUUUUCUUCAAUCGAUGGGGAUAGUAAAACAACACAUCUCUAUCUAAUGUGGCAGGCUGGCACGAAUACAAACAGUUAGUGGCGACGUCCCCACCGUCCCCAGGGACGAUCUAGAUCUACAUCCGGAUAGCUAUAUAGCAGCUCAAGCUCAAAUAAAUGCUCAAUCGACGUCUGAAUCGAAGUCUAUAAUGCGAUACCUAUAUAUCGUGAGGACGUGGCUGUUGAAUUUUGUCUUAACGUGACUAUUGGCCACAGAAUAUCUCUUUAAAAUGGAACGACUUUAUGCAUUGCCCUUUUCUGUUUUGGAAUGCCCACAUUUAAAACUGAAAAAACCAUCAUGGCUUCAUGCACCUUCUGCAAUGACAGUUUACUUCGUUGUUUUAGCAUCAUACUUCUUAGUGACGGGAGGUGUAAUCUAUGAUGUUAUUGUUGAGCCUCCAAGUGUGGGAUCUACAACAGAUGAAAAUGGACAUCAAAAACCAGUUGCCUUCAUGCCAUACAGGGUGAAUGGACAGUACAUCAUGGAGGGCUUGGCGUCUAGUUUUCUCUUUACCAUCGGAGGGUUAGGCUUUGUCGUUCUCGAUAAAUCUAACUCAACUGUGAUGCCCAAACUCAACCGUUUUCUUCUUCUUCUAGUGGGCUUCAUCUGUAUCCUCAUAUCUUUCUUCAUGUGUAGAGUAUUCAUGCGAAUGAAGCUUCCAGGUUAUCUUCAAGGGUAGUCAUCUCCAAUUCUGUAGAUCAGCCUGGUUCAGUUUAGAAAAUAGAGGAAACUUUGGAGUCAGUCUUAGAUUAGAUAUUUCUUGGAUGUCAUAUAUUAUAUUUCAUAUUUUUGAAAAAUGUUGUCAAAUACCGGUUAUACUGACAAGGGGUUGUGGGGUAAUUUGGAAGUUGAGAAAAAUACCAGGCCUGCAUUUUGAACCCUGGUUUCACUUAAACGAUGAUCUAAGUCUGUGCAGGAAUUAUGAAUAGCCAAAAAUGUCAACCAAAAAUAAAUGACAUUUGAAAGUUUAUAUGUACCUAUCAUAAUUUAAUGAUGAAUCAUCAUUUGCAGGUAGUAUUCUUAAGUAAAGUAUCUGACGAGCUGAUGACUUUUUGCCAUGUCUGGCUACACAAAGAUGAACCACUACUGAUUACUGAUAGAAGGUUAUUGGUGUAAAAUAGUUAUAAAUACCAAUAUUCAAAACUGUUUUAUUUGUGCCUUAUGUCGUUUUUUUCUGUUUCUCAGUUUUCUUGUAUUUUCUUCUUUCACUUUGCAUUCCCAAUAUUAUAUUAAUGUAUGUUUCUUCUAAAUACCAUUAUAGGUCACAUUUCCCACUCCCAAAUAAAGGACACUUUGACACAAUGGGUUCCUCAGUGUUAUCUUUAAAGUGGUAAAACUAAUUGUUUCAAUAUCUAUGUUAGUAUUGUCAAAUUUGAAGGAAAAGUCCACUCUGAUACCAACUUGAGGUGAUUCAUCUCAAAGUUAGAUUGACCUUUGCCACAUUCUCAUUUUGCAACUUCUUGCAUAUUCUGUAAAGGAAUACAUACAGACAUGUCUUUGUAUUUCAUGUUGUCUUCAAAUGUUGUAUUAUAUAUUAUAAUCUGCUGAUUUUGCUUAUGUGUAAGUAAGAAUAUACCUUCACAGGACAAGAAUUUUUGCAGUGAUGUAUUUAGUACACACUAAACAAUAUGAAAAGAUAUUUCAUGUGACAACAUUAUUAAAAUGGCUCUGGGUAAAUCCAUGCUCAAAGCUUCUUUACUUUGACUUCUCAAAACCUAGUUCUGAUUUACUAUAUUAUCUUCUGACAGCCAAACAGAAUUUGUUUGCACUGUUUGUUUCUCUUUUCUUUUGUUUGAUUUUUGUCUUCUGUUCAUUCUUACAUUUGUUCUUUAAAGUGCAAAUAGAAGCUUUGUGCAUGUCUUUAUGCAGCACAAUUUUUAAUCAUGAUUUUGUUUUCAAUUAUUUUGUCCUUUUAUUCCAGUUAUUCCUUUUGAGGUAUUGAUGAUUGUGAACUAAAUAUUGUCAGUUACAUGUGUGUUUAUGAGAAGUUUAAUUGGGUAUAGAUUACUAGUACCCAGUUUGAUUUGAAGAAAAUGUACAUUUAGGCUUAAACUAAAUACCCUGUAAUUAUAGUUAUGGGAUGGGGCAAAAUAGUAAGCAUAAAUUGUGAGUAUUUGGACACAUGUUAUGAUCUGCACUUUAUCAAUUCUGCAAUUGUUUCACUAAAAAUGGAUAGCUUGACAUAUUCUUUGUUAUCAUGUCCAUGAGUUUUGUGUGGUAACAUCAAUAAAACAUUUUUCUAAUUUA